AUUCCAGGCAGCAUCUUGCUGUAGGUCUACGCACGCCGAGUGACAGGCACCAUGUCCGGGAUACCGCGCUCGCUGCUCGGGCAGUGUGCCGUUGCUCUGCUCGGCGCGAAUGCUAGAUCUGGGUUAACGCUUCAUCAUGCUUUCGCCGCGUAUUCUUCUGCUGCGGCACCCGCUCAAUCAGCGGCACUCAUCAAGCAGCUCCGAGAGCGCAGCGGGGCGCCCAUCGCGGACGUAAAGUCAAUGCUGGUGGAGCAUGGCUGGGACAUGGAUAAGGCGUAUGAGGCGCUGCGCAAGAAGGGGCUGGCGGCAGCUGCCAAAAAGGCCUCACGCCACGCGGCCGAGGGCCUCGUUGGCGCGUCCUUCGCCGCCAGCGCUGCCAGCAGCGGAGGCAGCAGCAGCAGCGAGGCUAGCACUAGCGGAGGCGGUCGUGGCUCAGUGGUGGUUGUGGAGUUGAACAGUGAGACGGACUUUGUGGCGCGGAAUGAGCUGUUUCAGAAGCUGCUGCGGGAGGUGAUGGGUGCGGCGCAUGCGCUAGGGCCGGCGGCGGCGGUGGGGCCGGACCACGCCAUGGACCUAGACCAGCUCAUGUCGGCUCGGACGGCCUCGGGGCCCUCUGUGUCUGAGGCUGUGACGGCGCUGGCGGUCCAGGUCCGGGAGAACGUGCGGCUGAGGCGGGCCUUCCGAGUCGACAGCGGAGCCGGCGGGCUGGUGUUCCCCUACGUGCACCAGGCGGCGGCGCCAGGCCUGGGCAAGCUGGCCUCAGUGGUGGUGCUGGCGCCGGAGCCGGACGACAAGGCGCAGCCGCUGGACGCUGCCGGCCGCGGCGGCGCCCCGCUGCUGGCUGCCGGCGGCGGCCUGGCCAUGCACGUGGCGGGCAUGCGGCCGCUGUACCUCAACAGGGCGGCGGUGCCGGCGGCGGCGCUGGAGCGGGAGCGGGAGCUGCUGCGGCAGCAACUGGCGGCGGACGCAGACUUUGCGGGCAAACCGGCCAAGGUCCUGGACAAGGUGGUUGAGGGGCGUCUGGGCAAGCUGCUGUCAGACUGGUGUCUGGAGGCGCAGCGCUACGUGCUGGAGGACGAACUCACAGUGGACAAACUCAUGGCCAGGCUGAAGAAGGAGGUGGGACAGCCGGUGCGUGUGGCGAGCUUCCUGCGGGUGCAGUGCGGCGAGGGGCUGGGCGCCAAGGCAGGCGGCGGCGACUUUGCAGCGGAGGUGGCGCGCAUUGUUAGCGAGGCGUAACAUAUGUUUGCGAGAGUAGCUUGGGAGGUUACGAGAGCGAUACGUGUGUGGUUAAGCAUUCAUCGGAAAGCCCUUGUUGGGGGCGGGGAGGAGACGAAAAACAGGUCGGCCGCCGGGUUCUCCGCCGGGAAGCGCCAAGGGUUUUCGCAGCAGGCCCUGUGCCUCAGGUGUGGAGCCCCAGGCGCCCCACGCCACCUGCAAGCGCUAGUCCAGUGGCAAUUUUGUUGUACGCAUGCCAUAUCAU